CUGGCGUCAGCUGGGGCACGGAGGCGGAAGAUGGCGGCUGUAGCCCUACGGCCGUGAGGAGCGCGGCGGCGGCGAGGGCUGCCGAUGGCAGCCGGGAGGCGUCCUCGGGGACCCGCGGGCCGUUAGGGCGCGACGCUGGGCGGCAUGUCGGAGCACGCGGCGCCCGGGGCCCAGGGGCCCGGGCCCAACGGUGGCGGCGGCCCGGCCCCCGCGCGCGGGCCUCGCACCCCCAACCUCAAUCCCAACCCUCUCAUCAACGUGCGCGACCGGCUCUUCCACGCGCUCUUCUUCAAGAUGGCUGUCACCUACUCGCGCCUUUUCCCUCCCGCCUUCCGUCGUCUCUUCGAGUUCUUCGUGUUGCUCAAGGCCCUGUUCGUGCUCUUCGUCCUGGCCUACAUCCACAUCGUCUUCUCCCGCUCGCCCAUCAACUGCCUGGAGCAUGUGCGGGACAAGUGGCCGAGAGAGGGCAUCCUGCGCGUGGAGGUGCAGCACAACUCGAGCCGCGCACCCGUCUUCCUGCAGUUCUGUGACAGUGGCCGCAGCAGCUUCCCUGGCCUGGCUGUGGAGCCGGGUGGCCUGGAGCUGGAAGAGGAGGAGGAAGAAGAAGAGCUGACCGUGGAGAUGUUCGGGAACAGCUCCAUCAAGUUUGAGCUGGAUAUCGAGCCCAAGGUGUUCAAACCUCCAGGUGGCCCUGAGGCCCUAAACGACAGCCAGGAGUUCCCCUUCCCUGAGACACCCACCAAAGUGUGGCCGCAGGACGAGUAUAUCGUGGAGUAUUCACUGGAGUACGGUUUCCUGCGGCUGUCUCAGGCCACACGGCAGCGGCUGAGCAUCCCCGUCAUGGUGGUCACCCUGGACCCCACGCGGGACCAGUGCUUCGGGGACCGCUUCAGUCGCCUGCUGCUGGCCGAGUUCCUGGGCUACGAUGACAUCCUCAUGUCCAGUGUGAAGGGCCUGGCGGAGAACGAGGAGAACAAGGGCUUCCUGCGGAACGUGGUGUCCGGGGAGCACUACCGCUUCGUGAGCAUGUGGAUGGCACGCACAUCCUACCUGGCCGCCUUCGUCAUCAUGGUCAUUUUCACCCUGAGUGUGUCCAUGCUGCUGCGCUACUCCCACCAUCAGAUCUUUGUCUUCAUUGGUGAGUAUCCCAGCCGGCCACCCUCCCCUCCGCACCCCCUGCCGGGCGCCUCACCCGGUCUGCCCGCCCGCUGCCCUCUGCCCGCAGUGGACCUGCUGCAGAUGCUGGAGAUGAACAUGGCCAUCGCCUUCCCCGCAGCACCCCUGCUGACCGUCAUCCUGGCCCUCGUGGGGAUGGAGGCCAUCAUGUCCGAGUUCUUCAACGACACCACCACAGCCUUCUACAUCAUCCUCAUCGUGUGGCUGGCCGACCAGUACGACGCCAUCUGCUGUCACACCAACACCAGCAAGCGGCACUGGCUUCGGUUCUUCUACCUGUACCACUUCGCUUUCUAUGCUUACCACUACCGCUUCAACGGGCAGUAUAGCAGCCUGGCGCUGGUCACCUCCUGGCUCUUUAUCCAGCACUCCAUGAUCUACUUCUUCCACCAUUAUGAGCUGCCCGCCAUCCUGCAGCAGAUCCGCAUCCAGGAGAUGCUGCUGCAGACCCCACCGCUGGGGCCUGGCACCCCCAUGGCACUGCCAGAUGACCUCAACAACAACGGAGGUGCCCCAGCUGCCACCCCUGACUCUACCGGCCAGCCACCUGCCCUGGGCCCUGGCUUGCAAGGUGCUGGUGGUGGCCCUGGGCCUGUGGCUGAGGCACCCAGCUCCCUGGUGGCCGCAGCGGCCUCAGUAGCUGCAGCAGCCAGUGGUGACCUGGGCUGGAUGGCAGAGACAGCCGCCAUUAUCACAGAUGCCUCCUUCCUAUCUGGCCUGAGCGCCUCCCUCCUGGACCGGAGGCCAGCCAGUUCCCUGAGCCCCACUGGGGGGCUCACCCAGGCCCCCCAGGACAAUGCCCCUCCCAGCGACUCCCCAGGGCCUGACACAGCCCCUCAGACCGCCGGGUUGAGUCGGCCCAGCCUUGUGUCCAUGGCUCCGGUGGACACACCCUCGGAGGUUGGUUCCUGAGCCCUGGGCAAAUUGACCGCCUCUGUCCCUGGCCAUCCAGGCCAGCUGGGUAUGGCCUGGCUAGAGCCCUCGGGGGUCAGGGAGGCUGUUCCCAGUGGCUCGGACUGCCUACCCCGCCUUGAGUGGAAUCGGGGUCCAUCAGGUUUGCUUGGAGGCAGGCUUCUCUUCCCCUGGACGCGGGGCCUGCCUGAAGCUUGUCCCUGUUUGUGGUGGGCCUCCUCAGCUGGUGAAUCAAGACAAGCCAAUGAGCCGGGGUGGGAGAGGGGGCGGGGGCUCCCUGGAAAGUUCUGGAAGGGGUUUGUGAAAGGUCUGGAGCGAGCUGUCCCCAGGCAGAGCAGGCAGGUCUCUGAGCAAGGUGAACAUGGGUGGGGCCAGCUCCGCUGGUGCUCCAUCGUGCGCAGUGCCUUUCCACGGCCACCCUGCGUGCCCGGGCUGGGGUCCCGAGGAGGCAGUACCUGCGCCUCAGGCCUAGCGCACAGCCACCAACAUUGAAGGCAGCCACUGGGCACCAGGGGCCUGCCCUGCUCAGGGUGGGGAACGGCCUGCGGCCCAACCCAGUCACUUGGUGAGGAACGCAGAAGAGUGCUCAUUCCACUCUAUUUAAUUGCAGUGUACAAAAUGGUGUUUGUAUAUAGAAUAAACUGUCUGUUGACAGCG